UUCUUCUCGGGGGAAGCCGAGGGGCUGCUGCCUGCAGGAGGGACUCGGAAAGCCCUUCUGAAGUGUGAGUUACCCCCAGUGACUUGGCGAGGAUGAUGAAACCGGCGGGGGACCGAGGAGUCGGGGACCACCCCGGUCCUGUUCCAGAUAUUGGACAAGGAAAGAAAGAGGAGAAGGCAGAAGAAGAAGGGGAAGGAGAGGAAGAAGACUCUGAAUCCUUUUGGUCGACUGCCCUAAAGAGUCGCUUUCCUCGGGGAAUUAGUGUUCUUGAGAAGCUUAUUGCAACCUGCCCAGUCUGGCUGCAGUUGGACAUGGACCGGGACAAGGCAGCUCAGAUCCUACAAGGGGAAACAACUGGGAUCUUCUUAGUCCGGCGGGAAAAUAAUCUCAAGCACAUGAUCCUCUCAGUCCAGUUUCCUUCCGUAAAUGAAUCUCUUGCUGAUGUGCUGGAAUACAACAUUAAAGAAGAAAAAUCAAUCCUGUACCUGGAAGGAUCCGUUCUUGUAUUUGAGGAUAUCUUCAAACUGAUAGCUUUCUACUGUGUCAGUAGAGAUUUGCUGCCUUUCACCUUAAGACUGCCUCAGGCGAUUUUGGAAGCCAACAGCUUUAAAGAGCUUGAAACCAUCUCUAACCUGGGACUAGGUUUCUGGGACUCGUCUCUAAAUCCUCGGAGAAGGAGAGAUACCACAGGGGAGCUCCCAAAGGGCUCAGCUCCGGCUGCACCCCCAGCCACCAGCCUGAGGUCCCCACCACGUUACACAGACUGCUCGUGUGAAAUUGAGUUGUCAAUAGGAAACGACAGAUUGUGGUUCGUGAAUCCUAUUUUUAUAGAGGACUGCGGCAGCCCACUACCCCCAGAAGAACCUCUCCUUCGAAGCUGCCAGGCCAAUUCGGUUCCCUCUGGUGCUACCUCACCUGUAUCUAGAAGAACUCCUCGAAGGCGCCCUCCCCCUCCCCCUACCCCUCCUCCUCUAUCUUCUCUCUCUUUGGUUCCUGCAAAAGCCAUUGUGGAAUCCGCCUUAUAUAAAUGUGUGCUGAAGCCCCUGAAGGAAGCCAUCAAUUCACACCUCCAGGAGAUCCACAACAAGGAUGGGACCCUCCAGCAACUAAAGGGAAAUCAAUUAGUCAUCUUGGCCACCACCACCACUGACCUGGGGGUGACAACCAGUGUGCCAGAAGUGUCCGUCAUGGAGAAGAUCCUUCACAAGUUCACCAGCAUGCACAAGGCCUACUCUCCUGAGAAGAAGAUUGCCAUCCUGCUCAAGUCCUGCAAGCUCAUCUAUGACUCCAUGGCCUUAGGGAACCCAGGGAAACCCUAUGGAGCCGAUGACUUUCUCCCAGUCCUCAUGUACGUCCUAGCCCGAAGCAACCUGACAGAAAUGCUUCUUAAUGUUGAAUACAUGAUGGAACUCAUGGACCCAGCCCUGCAGCUAGGGGAAGGUUCCUAUUAUCUCACCACGACCUACGGGGCCCUGGAACAUAUCAAGAACUACGACAAGAUCACUGUCACUAGGCAGCUCAGUGUGGAGGUCCAGGAUUCCAUCCACCGCUGGGAACGCCGCCGGACCCUCAACAAGGCCCGAGCCUCUCGCUCAUCUGUGCAGGACUUCAUCUGCAUCUCCUUCCUGGAGCCUGACAACCAAGCACGGACGUUGGCAUCAAAGUCGGACACAUUGGCCGAGCAGCUAAGAGCCCAGUGUGCUGAGAAGUUUGAAGUGGAUCAGCCCCAAGACUAUAGACUCUUUGUUCUGGUGGAUGGCAAGUGCUUCCAACUGGCGGAUGAUUCACUUCCCCACCACCUCAAAGCCUACCUACUGAAGAGCGAGCCCAAGAGAGAUUUCCAUUUUAUUUAUAAAGCAGCAAACAGAGGAGAGACCCAGACCCCCAUUGUAAAGGAACCAAACUUCCUCUAAGAGUAAGGUUGUCCUUGCAGUUCUACGUGAAGAAGAAGCAGAGGUAUAUGUGUGUGAAGUGUUUACAGAGCUGGUAGAUUCAAGUCUGAGAUUUGGAUCUCACUAAGAUGCAGUAUUUCCCCAACAUCCUUGCUCCUACUAUUAGAAGAAAACCAUUGUGGACCAACCAGGGCAAUAGCGUGUAUGUAUACACACGUGCGUGCACACACGCACACACACAGAGCCUUUAGGGCUUAGAAUCAUAGACUCUUUCUCAUGAUACAUUAAACGCAUCUGGCCCAGCCUCCCUCAUUUUAAAAAUGAAUUUCCCAUAGGAGGGAAAUUACUUUUCUCAGUAGGGUCACACAGCGAGUGAGAAGUAAAGCUGGAAUUUUUCAAACUUAGGUCUCGUGUUUCCAAACCUCCUAAAGCUCUCUGAGAGCCUCAACCUUUUCCAGGAAAAAGUUCAUUGAAGAAAUGACUCCUAAAUUAUAAUAGGCCUAGAACUGCCCAACCUUGGAGGAAGGCAGGAAGAGGAGGCAGGGGAUCAUACUUCUGGGGGCCCUGUGAUGGCAGUCAGCCAGGUCCAUCUUCAAGACCAACAAGGCAAUGGCAGUUGGCCAGGUGUGAAUUCCUGUCCUGGGCCAUCCAUGAAUCACCCCUCUUGAAGUAAAGCCCCUAUGGAAGUGCUCAUGUCCCAGAGGUGGGCUAGCACACCACAUGUCCUAAGCAGUGUGAAGGGAUAUGUUUAAGAAAUCUUUCUUGCACUGUAGCAGGCUUUAGGAGAAGCUCAGGACCUUCAUGGGAGAGAGAAGGGAGACUUUGCCACCAUCACUUCAGCUGGACACCUCAGGGGCUAAGCCAGAACCAGAGGAAGGGGUGGUCCCGUUGCCUUUGACUCCACUAUCCUCAGAAUGUUUAUCUCAUCACAAUGAAGAAUGGAGCCCCCCAAUUAUCCAUUUCAAUUGAUUGGAAAACUGACAGGAACUUUUCCUCUUGUUGACACAAAUUAACAAGGGAUGUAGCGACCCAGUGAUUAGGGGGCACUGUAUAAGUGUAAAGUACUUUGGAGAAUUUAAUAAACGUAAUCUUGAAACCAA